GUUCAACCCUGGACGAACGAAGGUGUUGUUUCCCCUUCAUAAACCUACCAUAUCACCCCCUUUUGUGAUUCCCUCUCCGCGAUACACUCCACUCAACAUCUCAAACGAACGACCAAAUUCUCCCUUCACCUCUCGCAAAGCUUCAAAAUGGGCGUCGUUUCCGCCAUCCUUCUAAUCCUAAUCACUAUCAUCUUCCCACCCCUCGGCGUCUUUGCCGUCGCAGGAUGCGGUCCUGACCUCCUCAUAAAUAUCUGCCUGACGAUUUUGGGCUAUCUUCCUGGUCACUUGCACGCGUUCUAUAUCGAAUACGUUUACUACGAGCGUAGCGAGCAGGCGGUGGCGGGGCGUAUUGCCAGUGAGAGGGCUCCUGGUAUUUACUCGGAGAGGGUACAGGGAACGGUGUAUGGGGCUACCUCGAAUAGCGCUUAGGGUUUGGAGGGUUGAUGCUGGAGUGGAGGAUAUAAUUAUGAUAUCAUACCUUCGUUUGGGGAUGGGAUUAUAGAGUUAAAUGGGAUGACUCUCACGAGGGAAUGGAUGGAUGGAUGAACGAAUCGAAUGUUUGCUUGGAUUGAGCGUUUGCGUUUGCGCAUGGAUGGGGUGGCUACCUUUUAGUAACCGGAAGUUGAAUUGAUAUUUUCUUUUAUCAUUGGGUGUCACGGGUUUUACAUGAUCGCGACAAUGCACAACCCCUCGUGCCACAGUUGAGUGGCUAGUCGGUGCCUGCUCCCGCAGAAAACUUGCCAAACUUGAUCACUGGUCCGCCGAGCUUGGACCACCUCUUGCAUAAUCAUGUCAGGGGAAUGUGCCUCCAUACUCGGGUUCUGACGGCCCUUAGCCUGUGUGCAAAGGCUUCGUAACGGUGGGCAACCGUGGCUCGCAUUCCUCACCCAGCCGCACUACCAUCACACCUCCAUCGCACUAGUAGCCGUUAUACCAUAAUAUGAAAAAGGCAUUUCCACACAACUCCAUCCCUCGA